AUGAGCUUCGAGUCCAUCGUGCGCGGAGUUCCCAAGGGUACCAACAUGAAGGCGCUCCUCACGGAAACCAAGGGGUUUGAUGCAAUGUUCGCGCAAUGUUCGCCAGGCGAGUGGAUCACUCGUUCUGGUACAAGAAGAACGCUCCCCCUAGCUUCUCCGACGACGAGGAAGACGAAGAUGAAGAAGAAGAGGCACCAGCCGGCUUCCGCCUUGAAAACCAUCCCCAUCACAUGGCCGUUUGCUGUAUGGGGUUUGGACAUUGUAGGCCCGUUCAAGACGGCGCGAGGUGGCAUGACGCAUCUCUUGGUAAUGAUUGAUAAAUUCACCAAGUGGAUCGAAGCCAAGCCAAUCAAGAAGUUGGACGGCUCCACAGCUGUCACAUUCCUCAAGGAAAUCAUUGUGAGAUAUGGCUACCCCCACAGCAUCAUCACCGACAACGGCAGCAACUUCGCCCAAGGCAUCUUCGCUCGCUAUUGCGAGGAAAUGGGGAUUCGGAUGGACCUAGCCUCCGUGGCACACCCGGAGUCCAACGGACAAGUGGAGAAGGCCAACGGCUUGAUCCUAGCCGGCAUCCGGCCCCGGCUGGUGGAGCCGCUCGAGCGGUCAGCCGGCUGCUGGAUUGAAGAGCUGCCCAGUGUGCUAUGGAGCCUGCGCACAACACCAAACCGCUCAGUCGGCUUCACGCCCUUCUUCCUCUUCUACGGGGCCGAGGCCGUCCUGCCGACUGAUAUCGAGCACGACGCGCCAAGGAUCAAACUCUACACUGAAGCCGAAGCUAAAGAAGCUCGCGAAGAUGGAGUCGACCUGGUCGAAGAGGCCCGGCUGCUGGCCGCGUCCAGAUCUACGAUUUACCAGCAAAGCCUCCGACGCUAUCACAGCCGGAAGGUCCAGCCCUUAGCAUUCCGAGAAGGAGACCUAGUGCUCCGGCUGAUC